GAGGGAUAGCUCUAGUGGGCAACUAGACGACUGAAUCUGAGGAUGUGGCAGGCAGAAAUCUAGGGCUGUAGUUGAAACAGAUGCUUUGAAUAAUAGGCUAUUAGCGGAGAUAUUACAUUUAUUUUGGCGUUUGCACGGUUUUGGACGUUGACUUGGUAUCCAGAUGUAACGGUCUACAUGCAGUGAUUAGCUACAGAUCAAGCUGGUCUGCUUCGGUUGAUCAAUUUAUCCGAUCCAGCCAAUGGUAAUAUUGUUCGCCCGGAUCCAUUUGCACGGUCGGUUCAUCUGACAAAAUGAUAACCAUGACGACAGAAAUCUCCACCUCCAUAAACAUCAAGGAGCCUCGAUGGGACCAAGGGACGUUUAUGGGCCGGGCCAAACACUUCUUCACCGUUACCGACCCCCGCAACGUCCUGCUCACCAACGAACAACUAGAGAAUGCACACAAAGUCAUCAGUGACUACCGGCAAGGUGUGAUGUCCCCCGGGCUGACAGAGGACGAGCUAUGGCGAGCCAAGUAUAUCUUUGACUCAGCCUUCCACCCAGACACCGGAGAGAAGAUGAUCCUGAUUGGCCGCAUGUCGGCUCAGGUCCCCAUGAACAUGACCAUCACUGGCUGUAUGAUGACCUUCUACAAGACAACUCCAGCUGUAGUCUUAUGGCAGUGGAUCAAUCAGUCCUUCAAUGCAAUAGUCAACUACACCAAUAGGAGUGGAGAUGCUCCUCUCUCAGUCAAUCAGCUUGGCACAGCCUAUGUAUCUGCUACCACAGGGGCAGUAGCCACGGCUCUAGGACUAAAUGCACUAACAAAGCACAUAUCUCCCCUCGUAGGGAGGUUAGUUCCCUUCGCCGCUGUUGCUGCUGCUAACUGCAUCAACAUCCCUCUCAUGAGGCAACGGGAACUGAAACACGGCAUUCCGAUAACCGACGAGAACGAUAACCGGUUAGGAGAGUCAACGACCGCCGCUAAGCAGGCUAUCUCCCAGGUGGUGGUGUCUAGAAUCCUCAUGGCCUCUCCUGGAAUGGCUAUCCCUCCAUUUUUAAUGAACACCUUGGAAAAGAAAGCCUUCCUGAAGAAGUUCCCGUGGAUGAGUGCACCUAUUCAAGUGGUCUUGGUGGGAUUCUGCCUGGUGUUCGCCACUCCACUGUGCUGUGCACUGUUCCCCCAGAAGAGCUCUAUGUCAGUAAGCCGAUUGGAGCCAGAGCUUCAGGAGAAGAUCCGGGUGAGCCACCCCGGUGUGGAGAGGGUCUACUUCAAUAAAGGACUAUGAGUGUCCAGCCCAACAGUAGCCUUCCUCAGAGCAGCUCUACUGGCAGACACCACAACCCUCCUCAUUCUGUGUGCCAAAGUUCACUUCUGCUUCUCAUCCUCUCCUCUUUUCUCUCCUCUGCUCCUCAGACAGAAUCCCUUGAUUCUCUCCCCUCUCUGUCUCCCUCCGCCCGCUCUCUCAUUCCA